AGGUGACAUCUCGAUUUUUUCUCUCCUCCGCUUCCCUUGCUUCUCCCCCUGAUCUUCCUCCUGCUCUCAGGGAAGGACUAUGCUGUGCUCCAUGCUGCGAUCCUGUCCCCCUCUCCUCUGAGGCUGGUGGCGGGGAGAGAUCAUGGAUACUUGUCUGCUGGCUUUUAGUUUCCACACAAGUAACCCUGCUGUCAAUGGAGGAGGACAUUGAUACCCGCAAAAUCAACAACAGUUUCCUGCGCGAUCACAGCUAUGCGACCGAAGCUGACAUUAUCUCUACGGUAGAAUUCAACCACACAGGAGAAUUACUAGCGACAGGGGACAAGGGGGGUCGGGUUGUAAUAUUUCAACGAGAGCAGGAGAGUAAAAAUCAGCUUCAUCGAAGGGGUGAAUACAAUGUUUACAGCACAUUCCAGAGCCAUGAGCCCGAAUUCGAUUACCUGAAGAGUUUAGAGAUUGAAGAAAAGAUUAAUAAGAUCAGAUGGCUUCCGCAGCAGAAUGCAGCCUACUUUCUUCUUUCCACUAAUGAUAAAACUGUGAAGCUCUGGAAAGUCAGCGAGAGAGAUAAGAGACCAGAAGGCUACAAUCUGAAAGAUGAAGACGGCCGGCUCCGGGAUCCUGCCACUAUUACAACAUUGCGGGUUCCUGUGCUGAGACCCAUGGACCUGAUGGUGGAAGCCACACCCAGAAGAGUAUUUGCCAAUGCACACACGUAUCACAUCAAUUCCAUAUCGGUCAACAGUGAUUAUGAGACCUACAUGUCAGCAGAUGACCUGAGGAUAAACUUAUGGAACUUUGAAAUAACCAAUCAAAGUUUUAAUAUCGUGGACAUUAAGCCAGCCAACAUGGAGGAGCUCACGGAGGUCAUAACGGCGGCAGAAUUCCACCCACUCCACUGCAACACCUUUGUAUACAGCAGCAGUAAAGGGACAAUCCGACUGUGUGACAUGAGGGCAUCAGCCCUUUGUGACAGGCACACAAAAUUUUUUGAGGAGCCAGAAGAUCCAAGCAACAGGUCAUUUUUUUCUGAAAUCAUCUCUUCAAUUUCUGAUGUGAAGUUCAGUCAUAGCGGAAGGUACAUUAUGACCAGGGAUUAUCUGACCGUCAAAGUUUGGGACCUCAACAUGGAAAAUCGGCCCAUUGAGACUUACCAGGUUCAUGACUACCUCCGCAGCAAGUUGUGUUCUCUCUAUGAAAAUGACUGCAUUUUCGAUAAAUUUGAAUGUGUGUGGAAUGGAUCAGACAGUGUCAUCAUGACUGGAUCCUACAACAACUUCUUCAGGAUGUUUGAUCGAAAUACGAAGCGUGAUGUCACCCUGGAGGCUUCCAGGGAAAACAGCAAGCCCAGGGCCAUCUUGAAACCCCGCAAAGUAUGUGUAGGUGGCAAACGGAGAAAAGAUGAGAUCAGCGUGGACAGUCUGGACUUUAGCAAAAAGAUCUUACAUACAGCUUGGCAUCCUUCAGAAAAUAUUAUAGCAGUGGCGGCUACAAAUAACCUAUAUAUAUUCCAGGACAAGGUUAACUAGGAGGACAAGUUAUACUUAAUAAGCUUACAUACUGAAUACUAGUCAAACAAGUUUUUAAAUAUUUCUUUGGGUUUUCAUUUUAUUCAUUGACUUUAAUUUUCCUAUGCAGGAAACAAUUGGAUAGAAGAAAAGCAGUCCAAAGGCCCCCAAAGUCCCCAAUUUUAAGAAACUGUGUUGGCAAAUCCAACAAAUAGGUUCAGAAUACUUUUGUUUAGAAUUGAGAGCUGCCAGGUAAACCAGAACCCUUCCAUAGUUGACUUGAAUUUCUGAUUCUUUUAUUAUGCAGUUCUCUCUGGUGAGUCCAGUGUUUUGUUUCUAGGUGUCUGCUGAGGUGAAAUGAGGUUGUCUGUAGUAUUUAAGGGGGGGAGGGGGAAGAUAAGAUUUUUUUUAAUUAAGCAAUUCCAUUUGAUUGAAAAAUAAACACUGUUUACUCUACUUUUGGAUAAAAAUCUGUUUGCUUCCUAGAAAACCAGAAUUGCUUUCCCCCUCAUUUAAAAAAAAAAUUCUUUUUUGUUGUUGCUGUUCCAAAUAUACAUAUAUAUAUAUACAUAUUUUUACUUUUUAUGAGACUCUGCAGGCAGAUGUUCAGGACCAAGGUUAGAGUUUGGUUAAAAGUUGUAUGUACACUAAGGCUCCUUACAUUUCUCUGUUACAACCCCAGGAAGAUUUGGUUCUAGAUAUGCUUCUGUGCUUUGGUGAAUUAGUAGAAAACACUUAAAAGAGAAUUUCCAAAGUCUGCCAUGAUAAACUUAUAGGGGCCUGGACUCUACCCUCUUUUAUUUAAUUUUACUUUUUUCUCUGUCUGCUUCUUUUAAGUAAUUAUUUAUUUAUUUACUUAUUCAUUCCUUUAAUGAAAGCCUAAAGACAAAAAAAAAAGUUGCUGCUUAUAUUUUGACAUUCCAAAUGAGGGAUCAUCCCUUUCCAGAGUGUCCCAAAUUGGAAACUGACACUCAAGAAUUCUCCUUAUUCCCCCACUUCUUCCCUCAGAUAUUAGAGCCAACAGAGUAACAAAGCCCAGUUGAUGCUGGAAUAAGAUUAAUCAAUUUUAAAAGGCCAUUUUCUGAAAGCUAAUUGGAAUUUGCAACACCCCCAAAAGCUUACUCUUUUCCUUUCCAAGGUGAAAACCCAUGAGGUUGGACUACUUCUCCUAGUGUAAAAACUGUGCAUGAAAGGAACAAACUGUCUGUGAAAUCCACCGGAAUCUGCUAAGAUUGUCUAAUCCUUCAAUGCCUCCUACUCAAUUGGGGUUUCUGACUUGUGACCCUUCCUGAGAAAUGCCACUGAUAUCCCCCUAAAGUACCUCAGGGAGUACAACUCAAUGAAUUCAAAGGAUUUCUGGCUCCUGGGAGAGUUCCCACAAACACACCAGGGCCUGGAUUUCACAGUAGCUGCAGUAUUUGCUCAGGUGCUGGCCACUCACUCAACCUUUCAUAGACCAUCUAACCUGCCACCUGAGAGAAGAAAGGUGGGUCAGGACAGACCUCAUGGGCGGCGAUCGUUAAAGGCGGGUUUUCAUUGGUAUGUGGCUUUCCAUAGAGCCAGAAAAAUCACAACUUUCAGGGUUGACAUUGAAGGGAACAUUGCCAGGACUGGGGAAUAAGGGGAAAUAGCAGAAGUCCAUCCUAUUUUCCCAGUGUCUUUUUUGUUUUACCUUGUAUCAAAAGCCUGUUCUGUAACACCCCAAGUAAAAUUCUCUCAGUUGUCCUCUUA